CAAUGACAACAAUUGUUUAUUGUUAGUAGUGUUAUCUAAUAUCUAUGUCUAAAGUUUCAUUUGGUGUUUUUUCUCGAACAUUCUUGUAAUUUGUACUUUAUAUAAAUUAAACUACGACAUUUUAUUAAGUGUUUAACUAAUUUAAGUUAUUCAUUUAAUAAAUAAUUAACAACAUUAUAAUGGAUCCAAAUCCCGAAGCCGACGUAGGAGGUUUAAAAGGAAGCGGAAAAAGGAAAUCGAAAAGUGGUAAACAAAGUGAUGGUGGUAGUAAAACACAAGGACAAAAUCCUCAACAACAACCUCUUGAACAACAACAGUCUAGGCAAUAUCCACAGCAACAACAAAAGCAGCAGCAGCAACAUCCUCUAAAACCACAAGAUUUUCCUCUAGUAUCUUCUCAGUCAAAGCAAGGUAGUUCUGACCGAUCCGCACAUCCACAACAGCCAGGUCAACAAAAACAAUCACAGAAAAAAACUGCAAAACCAAGUAAAAGUUUAAAAGCGACUGCUCAACAACCUUUAGUUCAACCACCUGCCCAAUUAAAUCAGACUUUACAAAGUUUCCAAAACCAGUUAGCCAUACCGAAAAGAAAAAAUCCAAGGCAGGGAGGUAAAUUAGGUCGUGCUACAGAACUUGAAGUUAAUCAUCUACCAUUAAAUUUAGAUAAAUUGUUUGAAAAAACAGUUUAUCAUUUUGAUGUAGCAUUUUCUCCGGAUGUUCCAAAAAAACUAUUAAGGACUGCUUUAGAAGAAUUCAACCGUAGGCAUUAUCCAAAUGAUCUUAUUGCUUUUGAUGGACGUAAAAACAUGUAUUCUAUCAAAGAACUAAAAAACAAAUGUGAUAUAGUAACAGUUACAAGCGAAGAAAGUAAUAAAACCCUUGAAUUUAACAUUCAGACCAAACAUGUAAAUACUAUACUUAUGAAAAAAAUUAAGGAGUAUUUAUCAAAUGGUUCAUCCAACAACCCUCCCCAAGAAGCUUAUCAAGCAUUGGAUAUCGUAUUAAAAAAUCGACCAUUUUCUUUGAGAUUUGUCAAUUCCGGAAGAUCCUUUUUUCCAAUCCCACGCAAUAUACCGGUUGAUCUAGGAGAGGGUAUGGAAAUGUGGAAAGGGUUUUUUCAAAGUCCAGUUAUAGGCUGGAAGCCUUAUCUGAAUAUUGAUGUGGCUCACAAAGGAUUUCCAAAAAAUCAAAAGCUAACUGAUUAUAUAUACAAAGAUUUACAAUUAAAUCUUAACAGCGAAAUGGAUAAUAAAAGUCUUAGUAAUUUAACUUCAUAUGUGAAAGGAUUAAAAGUAGAUUUUCAAAUUCCGAAUCAACUAAAUACACGGCGAACUUAUAGAGUGAAUAAUUUAUUUGAAUCUGCAACAAAAUUUUUCUUUGAAAUAGAAGAUCCUAAUGGAAAAAAACAAAAAAUGAAUGUUGUUCAGUACUAUAAAAAUGCUCGUAAUUAUACUAUCCAAUUUCCAAAUCUACCAUGUUUGCAUGUUGGUAAUCCAACUAAGAAAACAGCUAUCCCUAUUGAAUUAUGUACUGUUCAAAAAGGACAGAUUCGUAUGAAAAAAUUAACUGAAAAUCAAACAGCAAAUAUGGUCAGAAAUGCAGCACGUCCACCAACAGAUCGCCGUUCUAAUAUUGAGAAUUCCAUAAGAGAUAUUAAAUAUAAUCAAGAUCCUGUGUUGAAAGAAUUUGGUAUUGAAAUCCAAGAAAAAUUUGCUACUGUCCCAGCUAGAGUGUUAGAUCAACCAACUCUGUCAUACCAUGCUCAAAAGGAAAUUAAACCACGUGGUGGUGUAUGGAGAGCAGAUCGUUUUCGCGAAUCCGUAACUCUUAACAGAUGGGUUGUUCUUAACUUAGAUUCACGUACAAGAAUGGACAAAAUACAGGACUUUGAGAGAUGUUUGAUGCAGUCUGGUCGAGAAUUAAAUGUCAACAUAAAUCGAAUGGCGCCAGUAUUUAACGUAACCAUUCAACGACAUUGGCGUGUUAAUGAUAUUGAAAGAGAAGUUACAUUCUUUUUUAACAAACAAAAACACAAUAUGGAUUUAAUAGUGGUUAUUAUUCCAGAUUUUCCUCCUGGAGUUUAUGCUACUGUAAAGCAAUCGUCAGAACUACAAGUCGGAGUCCUUACACAAUGUAUAAAAUCUAAGACUAUGUUCAAAAUGAACUCAGCUACAGCGGGAAAUAUAUUGUUAAAGAUUAAUUCCAAAUUAAAUGGUGUAAACCAUAUUUUGGCACUCAAAAGCUGUCCGCCUAUUAUGGAAGGUGCAAUUAUCUUUGGAGCUGAUGUUACACAUCCGUCACCAGAUCAGACAGCUAUACCUUCAGUUGCUGCUGUAGCAGCAAGUCAUGAUGUCAAAGGAUUUCAGUAUAAUAUGGAGUGGCGUUUACAGUCUCCUAAAGUCGAAAUAAUUCAAGAUCUAGAAGAUAUAGUUCACAAACAGUUAUUAAAGUUCAAAGACCACACUAAAGUUAUACCUAAAAAGAUAUUAUUCUUUAGAGAUGGUGUCAGUGAAGGGCAGUUUAUGCAAUUAUUGGAAAAUGAAUUCAUGGCUAUACGUAGAGCUUGCUUACGUUUGAAUCCUAAUUACACUCCAGCUGUUACAUUUGUGGUAGUACAAAAACGGCAUCACACCAGAAUGUUCCCAAAACACCCAGCAGAUUUUGAUGGAAAAUUCGGAAAUGUUCCAUCCGGGACAAUUGUUGAUACAGACAUUACACAUCCGACAGAACUUGAUUUUUAUUUAUGCAGCCAUGCAAGCAUUCAAGGCACAUCAAGACCAACUAAAUAUCAUCUGUUGUGGGACGAUAAUAAGCUAACUGAAGAUCAAUUGGAACAACUUACUUUUUACUUAUGUUUCAUGUUUGCUCGAUGUACACGUUCUGUUUCAUAUCCGGCGCCUACAUACUAUGCACAUUUAGCUGCUUUUAGAGCACGUGCUUACAUUGAAAAUAAAAGAAUUGAUCUUAAUCACUUGGACAAAGAACAGGACAAAAAUAAAUUGGAUCGUGCGUUUACUAUAAACACACCCAUGUUUUUUGUGUAAAAUCUCAUUAUCCUUUAUAUAUUUUUUUUUUUAAUUUUUCAGAAAAUUAAUUUUCAUUCAUCUAUUUUAUAACGUUUUGAAUAAAUUUAAUACAUACUUUUUAUUAUUAUAUAUAUAGUAAACUAAUAACUGCACUUAAUUAUUGUUAGCCUGUUAAAUAGUGCCUAAUUUCUUAAUGUCUAUAAGAGUGUGUUUUUUAAACUUAUUGUAUUAAUGCCAUUUGACAUAAGAAAUUUUGUUGAGAGGCCUCUACACCCGCUUAUUUUUUAUAAAAAUAACAACUCGUUAUAAUUUAAAUUGUAAUUUAAAAUAUGUGAUCCGACAAUAGUAUAGAAAACUGAUACAGAUGUUUUAAUAUUUGCUUGUAGUAUUAAUUGAAGUACAUUCUUAAUUUUUAUUUUUAAUGAUAUUGUAAAAAUCUUUAAAAAAAUGUAAUUUUUCACAUAGAAAUUGAUAGUGUAGAGGCCCCUUUAAGAAAAAAAAUUUACAGAACAUUUAGCCUACACAAAACAAGAAAAAAAUUUAAUACUGUAUUUUAUAUUGACUUUUUUUCAUUGGAUUUGAGAAUGUCUAUUUGUAUUAUUUUAGUAUUUAUGCAGUACAUGUAUUUUAAAACCUUUUUUUUAUUGCACUACAUAUGCAGUCAUAGUUAUAUAUACCCUUAUAUAAUAUAUUUAACUACCCUUGCAUACAUGUAU